AUCAUGUACAGUUAUGUUGGGAAUUUGACGGCGAUCCUUAAACUUCUCUCUCUUCUCCUCAGACAACCUUGGUAGCGCAGAGAGAGAGAGAAAAACAAGAAAAAGGAAGAUCCUCGUCUGGCAAAAAAGGGGUUCGUUUCUUUUUGAUUCUUGAUCCGAACCCUUCUCUUAAUUUUCUCCAAAUUCCUUUCAAAUUUCAACCCAGAUUAAGAAGAAAGUUUGUUUUUUUUGAAUGAUUUGUAAGUUAUUUGGAGAGAAAGUUUGAAUCUUUGAAAGUGUGGGGUUCAGAUUUUUGAAUGGAAGAAAUGGAAAUGGAUAGCGUUGAGUGUGUAUCAUUAAUGGAUGGUGUUGAAGAUGAAGAGAUCCAAUCUUCUAUUGCAUCUCAUCAAUACCCUUUAGGAAAGCCUAAUAACAUUCUUUCUGCCGGAAAUGUCCCUACUAGUGUACAUGAAUUGCUUGAAUGCCCUGUUUGUACGAAUUCUAUGUACCCACCAAUUCACCAGUGUCACAAUGGGCACACACUUUGUUCUACCUGCAAAACAAGGGUGCACAAUAGAUGUCCGACAUGCAGACAAGAGCUUGGUGAUAUAAGGUGUUUAGCGUUAGAGAAGGUUGCAGAGUCACUUGAACUGCCUUGCAAAUAUUUUUCUUUGGGGUGCCCAGAAAUAUUCCCAUAUUACAGCAAACUUAAGCAUGAAACAUUGUGCAAUUUUAGACCUUACAGUUGCCCAUAUGCUGGGUCAGAGUGCUCAGUGACUGGGGACAUCCCUUAUUUGGUUACACAUUUAAGAGAUGACCACAAAGUGGAUAUGCACACGGGAUGCACGUUCAACCAUCGUUAUGUGAAGUCUAAUCCUCGUGAAGUAGAAAAUGCAACAUGGAUGUUGACGGUCUUCCAUUGUUUUGGGCAAUAUUUCUGUCUCCAUUUUGAGGCCUUCCAGCUUGGCGUGGCCCCUGUUUAUAUGGCAUUUUUACGAUUCAUGGGUGAUGAAACGGAUGCACGUAAUUACAGCUACAGUCUAGAGGUAGGAGGAAAUGGUAGAAAACUCAUAUGGGAGGGUACCCCAAGAAGUAUCCGAGAUAGUCAUCGCAAAGUCAGGGACAGUCAUGACGGUCUUAUAAUCCAGCGUAACAUGGCACUUUUCUUUUCUGGUGGUGACCGGAAAGAACUGAAACUUCGAGUUACUGGAAGGAUAUGGAAGGAACAACAAAAUCCAGAUGGUGGUGUGUGCAUACCAAAUCUAUGUAGCUAGUUUGUUUUCUUUUCUUUUUUGGGUGAUUUAAUUUUUAUAUUUUCUUGCCCUUUUUCUUUUGUUGUAUGUAAUAUGUGCAUGUAGUUGGUGUGUAAGACAGCACUAUGUUUGUAUCUAAGAAGAACCUUGUUGUCUGACCAUGUACUAGGAUGUUACAUAACCUUUUUUUAGUUCUAUCAAUUGUUAAUAACCAUCUUUACUCUUGUGUUUAUUGCACCAAGAUGAUA